CUUCUCAUCUCUCGACAGUUCAGGUAUCCUAGGUACCAAACUGACUUCCGGUACACGUCUUGUUACCAGCAAACAGGGGCCCACAGGAUCCGUCCGUCGAGAUGCCCCCAAUGUCCGGGUCGCAGUUCCCGGACGCGCAGUUGCCGGGACCGCAGAAAUCCCCGUGGGAGCACCGGGACCGCCCGACAUUGUCGUGGGCGUGUCCACUUUGGCGUAGAUCUGGGAGUAAAGACAUCAAGCACUGUAUUCCAUCCACCACCACAUCUCGUUGCCGGAUCGCCGUCGCAUGCAUGAUCGCACCCCAUGGAGCGGUCGUGUUGCUGUUCAGUCUGGCUCCGCACCAGCACUCGUUGCCGUUCUCGAGGCCAAAGACGCCCAAGCCCUGGCCGGAGCACGUCGACUAGUAUUUCUCAACGGUCAAAUCGAUAAAGGUUUGGUUGCUGUCAGGCAGCG